AUCACAGUAUAUACAAUUCCAUAGCCGUUUUAUUUUUUUUUAUUUAUAACGUGUCCACUGUCUGUGCCACACGCCUCGAAAAAUAACGAAAUCAUUGCACUAAGUCAGGAGAAUCCCAAAAGUGAAAGGACCUUUGAUUGCUUGAUACAAUGUGAAAGUGAAAUUCAGUAAUUUAAAAAAUAGUUUGUCAAACAAGACUAACGAGAUUAAAUGGUCAACUCAGAAAAUAGUCGCUAGGAAUCAUGAUGGAAAAUUAUUGCUCCAAGCCGUCAAUGCUGCAGCACAACAUACUAUUUAUUGUGCUGUGAAAAAUCGAUUUUAGUUAUCCUGUGCUGUCAUAUCCCGAGCUUUCGCUUUCGCUUUCGAUAUCGCUUUCACAUUGUAGUGCAAACAAACCCAAGCUGACAGCAGGCCACUUUUGAUGAGGUUCAUGUAGCGUUGAGGAGCGUUGGAAUAACUACCAUCUUACGCAUGAACAAAGAUGAUUGUUACAUCUGCUUCUGGCGUGGAUAGCACUCCUACGUUGGGAACGGUUGAGGUCACCACUCUCCUGGGUGUGUUUUUCGGUGUUCUCGUCCUGCUGCUCCUGCUGUUCCUGUACAUAAGCCGCAAGUGCUGCUUUCACCAUCGCCAUGGCAUCAACUGCUGCGACGAGCGUCACCUGGCAGCCAAAUGUGUGCAAAAGAUCACACGCAAGCGACGCUACGAGAACACCAGCUCCGACUCGGAGGAGGACAUCUUGCGCCGGCUGCGAUGGCAUCAGCAAAAUCAGCACAGCGACAAGCCUAUUGGAUACGGGAUGAGCAUCAGCCAAGCCAACCCACUGACAGCGCACAGCUUCAAUUAUCAUCAAUCCGACGCUGACCUGCAGAGGGUGACCGUAACGCGUGACCCUUUGGCAAUUGCCGAAAGGGGCAAGGUCGGCAUUCCAUCGUCUCACAGCGAGUGCAGCUCGAAUGACUCCAUGGAGGCAUCUGUUGACAGUCAUACUGGCAUCUUGACGGGCGAGACCAAGGCGCAUCCAGUUACCGCCUUUAGGAAUCCAUAUACGGACAAUCGGGCUAAGACACACCACUCCCAGAGAUACCAUCACAGGGUGGAGGUUUUGCCGCCGAAACUGGAGAAGGAUAAUGCUGUGGUGGUGAUGCCUGUGGCCAAUAGCUUCAUUAACAACAACAAUACUACUAUUCCCAACAACAACAACAACAACAACAACGAUGACGAACCCCUGUUCGACACCAGCGAUCUGCGCUCUGUCAAGUCGGAUGACAUGCUGGUGGGCGACUCGAAGGCCCCAGCCUCGCGGGGACCCAUCGAGCUGGAGAUGUCGCUGCUGUACGAUGCGCCGAUGCGGAAAAUGACGGUCCACGUGAUGCAGGCGCGAUGUCUGCCGCCGCUGGGCAACGGCCAGCAGACGCACACGCAGGUGCGUAUGCUGAUGCUGCCCAAUAAAAAGCAGAAGCACAAAACAAAAAUCCGCAGCGGGGAGAAUCCGCAGUACAUGGAGAGCUUCCUGCUGCAUCGUGUCAAUCCCGAGGACGUCAACAACAUGGGUCUGAGGGUGCGCCUCUACGGCUGCGAGCGACUGAGGAAGGAACGGUUGAUUGGAGAGGCGUAUGUAAGCUUUGCCACGGUCGACCUGGAGCUCGAGACCAACCUGUGGCUGCCGCUUGAGCCCCGCAACACCUCAUCGGUGCUGGGAUCGACGAGCGAUCUACUGAGCCUGGCGCGUUCGGAGAGCGCGGGCUCCACAUCAUCCAUGCAGCACGGCGGCGUCUCGGAACUGCUUCUGGGCCUCAGCUAUAAUGGUGUGACUGGCCGGCUGAGCGUGGAGAUCAUCAAAGGCAGCCAGUUCCGCAGCCUGUCUCUGAAUAAGGCGCCCGACACCUACGUGAAGAUGGUGAUGGUUAGCAGUAUUGGUCAGGAGAUUUCGCGCGCCAAGACCUCCAUUCGCAGGGGACAGCCCAAUCCGCUUUUUAAGGAGACAUUUGCGUUCCAGGUGGCCCUGUUCCAGCUGAACGACGUGACGCUGAUGAUCUCGGUGUAUGCCAAACGACACAUGAAGAAGAACGAAAUGGUCGGAUGGUUUAGCCUGGGCCUAAACUCUUCCGGACCAGAGGAGGUAGCUCAUUGGGCGGACGUAUGCGAAAUGCCUAAGGGCGAGAUGCUGGCCCGCUGGCACGUUCUGGUGGAUUCCUGAUUCGAGCAGUUGGGACAGUCUUCGACACGCAGCACCAAGGCGCUCAUGAAACUGGGCUUCGCUGCGUUCAAGGACAGGUCCAAGGAUAAACAUGCAAAGGAGUCGAGUCGGGACGAGGACAGCGAUCAAUUCCCUGCAGACAAUGCGGUUGCAGUCGAUAUUGAGCCGGGCCUGGAGCUUGAUUUUGUCUAGAACCAAAUAGGCUGAGCGUUCCAAGGUCAGUAUACAUUUUGUGUCUUGUUUUUAUGGGGUGCCGUAGUCGAUCGAAUCGAAUCGACUCGAAUGGAAGAAGAUUGAUUGUCUUGUGCCUGUGGCACACUUUAAAAACCAAUUUUUGAUAUCUGAACCGGAAUGUUUGGAUCUAACCCAAAAGUGGGCUAAAAAAAAUUUGUAAUUUGGAAACAAUUUGGAACACAUUUUUUGAUCAAAUGUGAAAUGUGAAAAAACAAACAACACAAAACAAAAAUGAAACCUAGAAUAUUAAAAUUUUGUACGCAA